AUGCUGCGCGGCGUGAAUCAGAUGGAUGACGACGACGAGAGUUACAAAACGGACGAUGAAUUGCUGGACGACGAGGCGUUCGAGUGGCGUGCACAGCCAGGACAACAUGCUCCGAAUCAAACGCGCUGGAGACUGUUCAUGGCGGCCGUCAUGUUCGUAAGUCAAGUGUUUAUGGAGCUGGGAAGGCGCUGUCUCAGUGUCUGCAGCCCAACGUACCGCAUUGUGUACAUCGAUCGGUGGCUAGUGCAGACAAUUCGUGUGUCUAUGAGCUCGGGGAGGAAGAUGAGCAUGCUACGUUUGCUACUGGCAUUGGGGCUGGCAUUUGUAUUGCCUUAUCUUGUGCUAACAAUUGGACGAAUGCAUUUUUCUACUGGUCGAGGAAGAAAAGUGAGCGUGGAAGAUUUAGAUGACGACAAAAUUCGGUCAUGUACUCUUGUAGAUCAAGUGGACACAUUGGUGCCUGAGCGGCGUCAAAUGUUUCUUCGUGAAGAAUGUGAUAGACUUCAAAUGGACGAAACAGAGUUGAGGUGCGAGAAUACAGUUCAAGGCGUGGAUUUGCUUACAGACUCGAUAGGUUAUGUGUGUACCCGAUCUCAAUUGGAUUGA